CUGAAUCACUAGGUGAUCACUGAAUCGGCUGUCUUACUGACUCACUAUGUGUUCACUGAAUCAUCUGUCUUUCCGAAUCACUCUGUGAUCACUGAAUCGGCUGUCUUCCUGAAUCACUAGGUGUAAAGUGGCCACUUAAGUCACAUUCUGUGUAUUUUAAUGCAGAAAGCUCUGAAACUCUGAAGCUGAAACUACGGUGCUAUUUAAGCAAGGAAAAAAAAGCCAGUAUUCCACAUUACUGUGUUCAUCUUUCACACAGCAUCAUGGAGAAGAUUACAGAGAGAGUACUACUAGAGAAAGGCUUACCUAAAACAGACAAACUGGAGAAAAUUACCAGUAUAAAUCUCUCACGUAUGGGAUUAAAGAAUAAAGAUCUCCCUGUGGCCUUGUUGAAUAAGCUCUCUGCGCUGGAGGAGUUAGAUCUUUCUGGAAACAUGCUACAGAAGCUCCCAGACGGACUCUCCCUUCCCUGCAUGCGUCUCCUAAACUUCUCCAACAACGACAUGGAGGACGUGACCUCGCUGAAGGUUCUGUCUGGACUGGAGGAGUUGCGGUUGGAUGACAAUCUCUAUCUUACUGUCAGCGAUGAGCACAAAGUAAUGUUCCUCUUACCCAAGCUGAAGAUCCUGAACGGGAAGGACAUCGGUUCGACAGCCAACCACAUCCGUUACGUGAACAGUGAGAUUCUCAGGAAGCGGGUGGUUGUAGUGUGGGAGAAGAACUUCAGUCUCCCUGAUCCAGCAACUUCACAAAGCUUGAAUGAUCUUGAGAAGAAAUUUGUAAAUGCAGCAUGCUUUCAAGUCAAAUACGGCCCCAGCUCUUUAAACGACUAUACCAAAUGGAGGGUUGAGAUGAUUGCAAAAGAAUAUCUCAAAUCGCUGACUGAUCCAGAAAAGUAUGCGGAAGACUUGACAGCAGAGACUCCUGUAAAAGAGAAUGGGUCUCCCCUCAAGAGAAAUAAUCUUCACCCUGAAGAAAACUGCGGUUCCACAACCUCCCGAAAGAGAAGGACGAUAAACCAAGCAGCGGCGCCAGAGGCCAGUCCACGCAAAUCAAGCCGAGUAGCCAGCACAGCUUCAGUCGAUGAGAGCCCGAGAAAAUCCACCCGGUUACAGGGGACACCUCAGAAAUCUGAUCCGAGCAUCUUGAGCCCAAAGUGCAUGAAAACAAACACUCCCGAGGCAAGUCAGAGAAAAUCCAGUCGACUGCAAAACACCCCAAAAAAAGCAACGAUGACACCUGUGGCAGUGACGCCUACCGCAAAGGGAGCGAAAAAAAAUCUCAAAGUUCAGCUUGCGACUCCGCAAGCAUGCAGCUCAACCAAGACAGAAAACAGAGCGACCUGGAAAGCGACUAAACACCAAGUUCCAAAGGAGCCAGCCGUUCUACAGCCUCUUCACGUCCUGCAGUGUCACAGUAAACAGGACAGUCCAGAUGAUUUCAGCACCCAGCUGUGGGCCUGCGCGUUCGAGCCAACUCACAACGACAAUGCAGGUGCCUGGUCACAAUCAGUAGCCACUUGUGGGGGUGAGACCUUGUGUCUGAUAGACUGUGAGUCUGGUCACGUGCUGAAAAAAUACAAGGUCCCUGGUGAGGAGUUCUUUUCUCUGGCCUGGAGCACAGUGUUAAUGGCACGUGAAGGAGGCUGUGCUCGAUCCUGCAGCAUCCUCGCCGCAGGAGGGAAGAGGGGCAUGGUGAAGCUUAUCCACCCCAGAGCCAACCUGGCAUACGGCGAGUUUCGCGCCAGUCGUCGAGCCAUUUCGGUACUACGCUUCAGCCCGUGGCAAACCAGCUUCCUGUUCAGUGGCUCAUAUGAUAACAAGAUCAUCAUGUGGGACAUUGGUGGGCUGGACCGAGACUACAACUUCAAAACCAGUCAGCUGAUUGUAAUGGAGACCUGUUCAACUCCUCUGCAUCUCUGCCUGCCACCCUGUUCCCCAGACACGUACCUAAUCUCAGGCUGUGACAACGGGCUUUACAGCUUCGACAUCCAGCUCAACAAGAACAUGCAGAAGAGGGCGGAGGAGAUGGAGAUUGUGUUUCCUGUGUACAAGAAGAGCAAUAAGAACAAUAACUACCGCACUAUUGAUGGACUCAGCUUCCUUACAGAAGACAUAGUAGCAUCCAAGAGCCACAUGCAGGGAUCGAUCUACUUGUGGAGUUGGAGUGGUACGAGGGCAUUGACCAAAGGGAGGAAAACAGAGGUGCCUGCUGUGAUCCUGGCUGAACUGCAGUGGUCCAACACAGACAUCCCGUACCUGUCUCUAAACACCUGCCCUGGCUUUGGCUACGUCGUGUGCGGAGAUGAGAAAGGCAGACUGUGGACGUAUCACGUCACAGAACUUGCGAAGGCCGACUUCAGGAAUGGAAAAGCAGUUCCCGCAACAGAGGUACUGGAGUGGCCAUGUCCAGUUCGAAGCGGAGCAAUCCCAGUCGACGGGCCGUCCAUUAACAAUGUUGCCAUGGAUCCCGAGCUUCGUUAUUUGGUUGCAUUAAGUGACAAGAACAUGGUGGUGGUUUGGAAACGAGCAUCUGUCUCAUGAAGUGAUCCAGUUUUAUGCCCAUUCCAUUUUUCAGGAAGUGCUUCAGACGCUCCAAAGCAAGAACUACAUGAUCAGUUCUUGCACAGAUGUAGUUGAAUCUUUGUCCAGAUAAUGAGCAUUGAUGAGACUCAGAGACUGAUUACUACUGGACUGCUGCUAUCAGUGCAUGAGUCUUAGAGAAAAAUAAGAAAAGUGAUUUAUUCUGAAGGAUUUGUUGGUUUGAUAUUAAUAAUUGAAAUGUUUUUUUUAGUUUUUAAUUGUUUUAAUUUUUUUUUAAGUUCAAGUACUGUGUUUUGUUUGUAUAAAAAAUAAUACAUAUGUAAUGAUGUAAAUUGUGUUUCCCUCAAAUGGGAAAUAAAAAAUGUUACACAUGUACAACAUUUUUAUUGUAACAUUAAAUCACAUGCAUGCUUGCAAAUCUA